GAGCAAAAAGCAAAAUAGAAAUUUAAAGAAAGAGAUGAAUGACAAAAAUAAAAAAAUUUAUUUGUUGGCAUGGCCGCUGGCCUCCAGCACGUGAAAACCAGGAGAGAAGGGAGUGGCGGAAUUCACUAGGAAAUGGAGGAUUUUAUUUUUUUUGAAGUUCUUAUUCCGAUUGAGACCUCGUGAAACUGUAACUAUAUAAUUAUAAAGAGAUUGAAAAGCCCAUCACCAGCACCACUCAUUCCUCUGCUACCUUAUCUACCCUUCAGAAAGAAAAUUAAUCGAAAAGAAGCUUGUGCAGUAUCCAACAAUGGUAUUGAAGGUAUACGGCCCAGGCACCGCUGCCUCCAGGCGCGUCCUCCUCUGCCUCGUCGAGAAGGACAUCCCCUUCGAGAUCGUUCCCGUCGAUCUCGUCAAAGGCGAGCACAAAUCUCCCGAAUUCCUCAAAUUACAGCCCUUUGGGGUUCUCCCUGUCAUUCAAGAUGGAGAUUUCACUUUAUUUGAGUCCCGUGCAAUUAUGAGGUACUAUGCAGAGAAAUACAAGGACCAAGGGACUAAUUUGCUGGGAAAGACAAUAGAGGAAAGGGGAACAGUAGAGCAAUGGCUGGAGGUUGAAGCACAGAACUACUUCCCUCCAGUGUACAACUUGGCAGUUCACAUUAUGUUCCACUCUAUUGUAGGCAUUCAGCCAGACUCCAAAGUCAUUGAAGAGAGCGAACAGAAGCUUGCAAAGGUGUUGGACAUUUAUGAGGAGAGGCUAUCAAAGAGUAAGUACUUGGCUGGGGAUUUCGUCAGCCUAGCUGAUCUCUCCCACGUUCCCUUCGCCCAGUUCUUGGUGAAUGACAUGGGGAAGGAGUAUAUGAUAAGGAAUAGGAAGCAUGUGAGUGCUUGGUGGGAUGAUAUUAGCAGCAGGCCAUCUUGGAAGAAGGUUCUACAACUUGGUUAAUGAUGUAAGAUUAUUUUUAAAAUCUAAGAUUGCAAGUGAUUUUAGAUUUUAAAGUGGUCUUAGGGCUGAGUAUGGUGUGUUGCUUUGCUAUGUCUUCCUUGUGUCAACAAUGUCCACUAGAUUGGUUAUGGACUUCGUGGUAACCUAAAUAUGCACCAAGGGCUAGUUCCCUUGAAGGGCUGGAUGGUAGUUAAUAAGUACUUUUAAUUGUGUUAAAAACGUCGACUAUGUUAUGGGACUCUAAAAUAAUUUUUGGUUUGAUCUUA